GCAAAUUCAAACGCGAAACGCCACGGCGCGCGCAGCAACGCUGCACGGUGCCUGCCAACCAACCAACGCACCAACGCACGAUCGACAACACCUCGCAUGCGCGCACAAGCACACCGCACAAUGCACGGGGCUGUGAGCCUUGUUUGAGCCCCGGGCGUGCACACAUGCACGGGUUUUGUGACGCGUUGAAAGGGUUUCCUGAGCGACGAUGACCUGUUGUCGCCCACCUAACUGCGGUUUGUCGCGACUGGCACCGAGCAAUGCCCUGGCAGCAGCGCGCCUGGCACGGCGAUGGCAAGGACACACCGGCGACGCAUGCUCCUGCCAACCAGGCCCUUGUGUUGACAACCGCCCAACACAAAACGUAGGCAACCCAACACAACCGCCAACAACGGCAGCAACCACCUCGCCAACAACAACAACAACAACUGCAACGACUGUAGCAACAACGGUGUGUCUCCCAAACGAUGGCUGACCGUUUCUGUGGCACGCCUUGGCACAAGAUUCAAACACAAUCAUGUUCUUCCACCACCACCACAACAACAACAACAACCACUAGGAGCGACAACCACAACAACACCCUCUCGGUGUCUGCCACAUGCUCUCUCUUUUUCACGCUUGGUUGAGUGUCACACUACGCAUCCCAUUCCCUUGGACUCCAGCCGGCUUCCAUGCACACAGCGCAACGCAGCCACCAGCAUAGCCGUGGUUCAUUUCUUCCCAUUCCUCCCCCUGGCAAAGCACGACAACCGUUCCAGCAGGGAACACAUACGCCGCCAUUCAACACCCAUGCCAUUGACCGCAAACAAGCUGAGCAAGCAGCACAGGCACCCUCGCAGGAUGGAGUCUGACAUGCACGACGUCUCCCGUUGCGGCUGCUGGUCCUGCAGCCACACACAAGCGCAAACAACAACGGCAGCAGCGGCAGCAGCAGCAGCGCCGCCAACCACGACACCAGCAACAACUGUUCCUCUCCACCUCAUCGCACAAACAGAGGAGCUCGUGAAGGGGCUGGAGUACAGUGACAUUCGGCAGCGGUGCCACGCACUGGCACACCGAAUCGCGGAGCUGACAUCAGAGAACAACAGCAGCUGCGAUGGCUGCCAUCACAUGCCACUACCAUCAUCGUCACCGGCCUCGCCGACUUCCCCGGCUUGGCAGCGCACCUGCCAGGCAACAGCGCCACGACAGCAACCACAACACGCAGAUGACUUGGCCGAACUGCAGCGACAACACACGCUGCUCAAGGCCAUGCUUGCCGCCAAGGCGGUGGCGGAUGCACGCCAAGGUAAAGGCUGCCCCCUGCCGUCGCUCUUUGAGAUGCGCUGUCAGGAACUGCAAGUGCUCGAGGCUGAACGAACUGCACUCCAGGACAAGCUUGUGGCGUUUGAGAGGCGCAUGCUAACACACCGCGACCGGCUGCUGCUCACGGUCGACCAACACGAGUUGUGGGAGCGCAAGUACGCACGCUAUCAUGAGCUGCAACGCCGCUGCGCUGAGCUGCGAUCACAGCUCCACGCCAUCCACGACAGUGAUUCCGGUGACCAUGACGCCUCGCCAUGGGCAUAAGCUUCGGCUCUGUUGUGAUGGCUGUUUUCCCGCUCGCUGUUGUUGGUGGAAGCCAAGCAUCCAAGCGCCAAGGGACCACCCACUGCAUGGAUAGCAGUUUGCCAUUGUGCGGUGUGCUUUCUCUGCUUGCCGACCUCCGUUGUGCAUCUGGUGGCUGCCAAUGUUAGAAUGGUAGAUAUGGGAUGUCUGUGUAAUGUGUUGUAACUAUUUCAUUGUCUGCGUGCUGUGUUUGCAGAACUGGUUGACUGACUUGAAUGACAAAGGGUGUGCAUUGCGGGUGUCGCAAUGUCAAUCGUUAAGGCCACAUAAUCAGAAGACAUUUAGCUCAUACACGACAUGUCUC